GCGUCCCGGAAAUAGGCGGGCUGUUUCUCGUCGGAUUGUAAUUUAUGUAACCUCAUCCGGCGGCUCAAGCUUUAGCUUAGCGCUAUUAGUAGUUUUGUAGUUUGGGUUUUGUUUACCUCUCCUGCCGUGAUGCCUGCUGAAAAUCUACGAUGGGAAACUUUACAGGCCUUAAAAAAUUCACCAAAGGGAAAUAUCAUAUACAACCCAUACUGGUCGGAAAGGGGCGAGCAUAUUUUGGCUGGUUGUAAAGAGGCCCUCAGCUUGUCCUCGCGCUCCGGGGUCAUUUUGGAGCGUCUCGACCCCUUGCCCCUGCAGACGUCCUGCUUUCUGGGCUCCAGCUCCGGAGACUCCAGCCCUGGCCUCUCUGAGGAGAUCUCGGCCUCGGCUUCCUCCACAGGAUCCAUCCCUGACAUCAACGGCAAGCACAACACACCGUCCGCAGCCCCGUCUUUAAGGAUCGAGAGUGAGCAGGCUGUUAGUGAUGACGCGAAGGAUGAAGAUCCAGAGGCAGAUGUCAGCGAACUUUCCAGUCCUUCAUCACUGCCUGCCAUCUCCCUGCUGUCACCCAAAGCCAUGGAGAUGGCGGGACGCAUUAUCAAAUUUGAGGAGGAACAAAGAGAAAAGGCCAAGAUGGCGCUCAAACUGCGGCAGGAGAUGCAAGAGAAGCUGGUGGCGGCGGUGGUGAGCUCCGAGUCGGAGCAGCUGAAACGCUUCGAGGAGUUCAUGGAGCUGAAGCAGAGGCAGGAGUACCAGAGCAUGAGGGACAUGAUGGACAGAGAAACUAAAGAGAGCAUCGGGCGUCAGGAGAAGCUGAAGGAAGAGCAGCGACACAGAAUGAAGAUCCUCAACCUGCGGCUGCGGGAGGCGGAGCAGCAGCGGCUGCGGGAGGCGGAGCUCGAGCGGCAGCGGCAGGCGGAGGGCAGGGAGAGACUGCGUAACCUUAACACCAUCCAGGAGGAGAUCCUGCAGCUCAACCAGCUGCUGGAGCCAUCCACCAAAACUGAUCUCCCACCGGCCAGCCUCAGCUCCUACAGCACCCGCGGGAACCAGCUGUGCUCCCAGGUGUCCGAGGUGGUGCGAAAGACGGCAGAGGGAGAGUUUCCCAGCGUGGAGGACAUGACCGUGGCCGAGCGAGCCCUCCACGAGAUGAGGGCGCUGAUCCGGCUGAUGCAGGAGGAGGUCGCCAAGGCUCAAGAGAAGAAGAAGAAGGACCAGGAGGAGGAAGAGCAGCGCAGGAAGCAGGCGGAGCUGCAGGCGCAGCAGGAAGCGCAGAAGAAGGCGGCGCAGUCGGCCAUAGAGAAGGCACGGAAGAAAGGGCUGCAGAACAGCGCUGAAGACAGCACGCUGAAAUGGUACAAGGAGCUGCAGGAGUCGGCGGCUCAGUGUGCUCAGUCCUUCGAACAACUCAACUCCCCAAAAGACGUCCAGACCAAGAAGCUGAAGCUGGAGCUCCAGAAAGCAGCCAGCAUCCCCGUCAGUCAAAUCUCCAGCAACUCUGGAUCGCAGCUCAGAGAAAUCUUCGACAAGAUCGACAAGCUGCUGUCGGGACGGGCGGUGGUGUCGGGGGGGAAGUCUGUCUCCACCUCCCAGCAUCCGCAGGGCCUGGACUUCGUCAGUUACAAACUGGCUGAGAAGUUUGUGAAACAAGGCGAGGAGGAGGUGGCGUCUCACCACGAAGCCGCUUUCCCCAUCGCCGUGGUGGCCUCUGGCGUCUGGGAGCUGCACCCGCAAGUGGGAGGGUUCAUCCUCGCCCACCUGCACAAGAAAUGUCCGUACGCAGUGCCACAUUACCCUCCGAUGAAGGAAGGCACGCCUGUGGAGGAAUACCAGAGGAUUCUUGGUUACCGUGUGGACGACUCCGGGGUUGAAGGUCAGGACAGUUUCCUGAAGAGGAUGUCUGGGAUGAUCCGUCUCUACGCCGCCAUUAUCCAGCUGAGGUGGCCCUACGGCGCCAAGCAGGGGUCUGCUCCUCACGGCCUGAACCACGGCUGGCGUUGGUUGGCUCAGAUGCUCAACAUGGAGCCUCUGGCAGACAUCACAGCAACGCUGCUGUUCGACUUUCUUGAGGUUUGUGGUAAUGCUUUGAUGAAGCAGUAUCAGGUCCAGUUCUGGAAACUCAUCCUGCUACUUAAAGAGGAAUACUUCCCAAGAAUUGAAGCGGUGACCAGCACUGGACAGAUGGGCUCAGUCAUCAGACUCAAACAGUUUCUAGAGACGUCACUGAAGAGCCGGCAGAUCAGUCCGCCCAAAGGCCAGCUGAGCUCCGUGUUCUGGAGGUCAUGAUGACGGAGGAGGAGGAGCCAUGUUGGAUGCUGCUGCCUGACGCCGUUUUUUAGGACUGAAUAAAGCAGAGAGGGAUGUGGUCUGAUGCCGGGGAAACUCGUGUCCUCUGUGUCUGGAAGGAGACUUCCUCUGCAACUUCAUUCAGCAAUCAUUGAGGAACAGUGGAAGCUGCGACUGCAGGACGAUGGUUGUCUCGCGUGUUGAAGUGACGCAGCUUCUGUGGCUUGUGAACUUUUGUGUCCGUUUCAUUUAUUGGAUGUCUCAACGACACAGCGGAGGCCACUGCACUUUCUGAAUACAAUAUAUUCCAGAGUAAAAAUUAAUCCGACAGCUUUGGAAAGAUAGCAAGAUAUUUAUCUCUGGCUUCCUCCAAACAGCGAAGGUAGCGCUUCUCUCGCCAACACAUCCGUCCUGCCAACAUCUGUUCGAAUGGUUUUCUGGGUGUCAUCGAAUAAUUAGCGCUGUGUUGAGACGUGAACGUCUCCCUUACGUUUCUUGUGAAGUGCCUCCAAAGAUCUCCAGUGUUCAGGAUCACAAUGUGGGAGCUGUUUAUAUUAGUCUUACUGUUAGUUUGUUGUAAACGCUGUUUGUUUAUUUUACUUUAUUUGGCCACUACAGGAUCACUGCUGUUUGUGUUUUUAUUAAGUCUCCACAGUCGCUGUUCAAAUCAAAAUUGUGUUGAACGAUUUGAACUUUUGCUAUUUAUUUUUUUUUACGAGUCCACCGUGUGGAAACAGAGUGACGAUGAACUGUCGUUUAAUCAUUGUGACCAGAAAUAUGUAAAGGGGUUUGACUGCAAAACUGCUGAAGUGCAUUUUAGUCAAUAUUUCCAAAACACAAAUGAUUUGAUCCUCACGUGGAAGCAGAAACCUGAAGACGACUCGGCGCUUUAAAGUGAAACUCGGUGUGCUUUUUGUUCCGGCAGAGCCAGAGGUGUGUUCUGAAUAUAAUGUAGAUUAUACAGGUGUGUGUGUGUGUGUGUGUGUGUGUGUGUGUGUUACCAGAAUGAUUGUGCAUCUGCAUCUAUAUCUAUAAACCAAAUGUCUGCAAUAAAACCUCAUCAGCAGUUUA